UAUGUUCACAGAGUAACCCUAUUAUGAGGCUAAAGUGUUUCUUAAAUCCUAUAAUGAUGCUAUUGCAUGUUUAAGGUAAGAUAAUUGUUAUAACAAUUAAAUAGAGACGCAGCUGAAUAAAAAGCUCACCUUGAAUUCUAAGAACAUGUACUUUAAUCACUUGCUACAGCUCGUACAAGAUAGGAGGUAGAAAUUGUUAAUAAAUUAGCUUGAUGUGAGAGAUGGUUAAGUAGUGCCAGGAUUAAAUUUUGGGUAAUCAAAGUAGACCAAGCUUUUCCAAUUUUCAAAGUAUCUAUUUUUCAUUAAAGAAUAGUCAUGUGUUUGCUAAAUAUUUUAAAGGAUUUGAAGAAUAUAAUGGCAAUUUCAAGGGUUUCUAAUAGAUUGUAAUAGAAGGACUUAAAAAAAUGAAAUCAGAUGUGAAAUGAG